AAUCAGACAGACUAACCAGGUUUAAAGAUCCCCAAAGGCAACUGGAACUGAAGUCUAAGACCUAGAAACUAGAUGAAGUUCAGAAUGAGAGUGUAUUCUGUUUUUUUUGUUUGGAUGCAGCUGUUUUUACAUUUUGUAGGCAAAGUGGAACCAACAGGAACCACGACAAUGUCAGCCAACAGUCCAGGACCCAGCGGUGGAGAGAGAAUGUAUGUAUCUAUCCUGGUGAUCAUAGUAGCAGCCACUGUCAUACUCACCAUCCUGAUCUUUGGCAUUGUGAUGCUGGUUUUGAAGAGAAGAGUAACUCCAACCACAUUGAACCAAAGUGAAGCCAACUUCCAAGUAGGAUUCUCCAGGAACAAUCCAACUUGCAUGGACCAUGGCAAUAAAUUUGACCUGGGAACUGCAUUUUCUAUGUACCAUCAACACUAUCAUCUCACCAGUGCUGCAGGUGUUGUCAGCGAGACUUCCUCAACUAGCUCUGAUGACUCGUCAGACAACUUCGCCUUUGGUCCCAAUGUCAGAGCCCGUGGCCAAGACAAAGAUUACAUCAACGUUUGCCCUGAAGCAUCUCUGAGGGGUAGCUAUCAAAACGUCCUGGGAGCGAUGUGCAACGGUCGACAGAACAGCCCUGGAGACGACUAUGAAAAUGUGAAGGAGCAGCUAAGAGAGGAGGAGGAACAUGCUGGAUUUGACCAUGUGAAGACAGAAGAGGCUCCGACCAGGAUAGACAGCCCAGCAGAAGACAGAGAGAGUGGUGAGAGAGAUACAGGAGAUGACUUGCCAGACAGGGACGAUGGGGGAGACGGUGAUGAUGAUGAUGAUGAUGAUGAUAGCUUUGUUAACUACACGACUGUGGUGAUCAAACACCAAAACAAGAUCUACUGACCCUGAAGAGGGAAGCGACCAGAAUCUCUCAGCAUGGUGUCAUCAAAAAAAUACAUGACGAUUUUAUAGAGUUUCCUGUUGGGUUAAAUGUGUAUAUAAACCCACUAUAGAUCUACAAUCAUGGUCAAAUGUAUAUAAUUGUUGUAUCCACUACAGUCUGUUACUGUUUUUCAUUGAUUAAUAACAUAUUAUUAAAAAGUGUUAUAAUGUAAGCGUACCCAACAGUUCUUGCCCUAGUAGAACAGGCAGACACAUGAAUAUUCAAUAUCAAU